GACAUUUCAUCUGAUAAUUGUGCUAGAUCUCUCAAAGCCUCAGGAGUUGUGGAUCACUUUAGAGACUCUUUUGGAUGCUGUUCAGGCUAGAAUAAACAAGGUUUCAGACCGAAUUUCAACUAAGGAUGGAAAUCAACUUCGUUUGACCCUCAGAGAAAAGAGGAGCAAGGAAAUACCAGAAAAGUUAUUUGAAUCUUAUCAACUGACAGUUUUCCCAAUACCUCUUACAAUAAUUGGAACUAAAUUUGAUCAUUUUCUACAUUUGCACGUAAAUGAGCAAAGGAUGAUAAAUAAAGUCCUCAGACUUGUAGCACUUCAUCUAGGUGCUUCUUUAUUCGUACUUAAAGACGGGCUCCAUAUAAAUCGAAUAAAGGCCUGGCUACAACAUCUAGCUUUUGGCUCACCUUACAGCCAAAAUGUGCAGACUGAGUUUGGGAAGCCCUUGAUUAUACCUGUCGGAAGUAGCUCUACCUCUGGGAUCGGUAAGUAUACUAAACACAAAGUUAUCUGA